AUGGUUAAAGUUGCCGUAGCAGGCGGCACUGGUGGCCUUGGGCGAACCAUUGUGGAGGCGCUCGCAAACUCCGACCACGAGACCGUCGUUUUGACACGAGAGCACAACAUACAUCGCACGACUAUUGCUGGAGUAACCCUGGUAGCCGUCGACUACACUAAUGUAGAGGCUAUCGUUCGGACACUUAACGAUCACCAAAUCCACACGGUGAUCUCAUCCAUGGUAAUCAAAAGCUUAGAGCAAUCCGAAGCUCAAAUAAACCUUAUUCGCGCAGCCGAAGCUGCACCGUCUGUAAAGAGGUUUACCCCCAGUGAAUUCGGUACCCCCCGACUUGAAGCAUCGACCAAAACAGGUGCUGCCGUCUCAAUCAGUUACAAAGAUGCCGCAAUCGCAGAGCUGGAGAAAUCUCACCUCGAGUAUACUCUCUUCUCUCAUGGCGUGUUCAUGGAUUACUAUGGGAUGCCCAAAUGCCAAUCCUAUAUGACACCCUGGGUAUUCGCCAUCGACAUCGCUCACAAAAUGGCGGGUAUCCCAGGGUCCGGCAAUGUACCUGCUGUCUAUACAUAUUCUGGAGAUGUAGCCAAGUUUGUCGUGGCUGCCAUAGGCCUUCCCGAUGGAACAUGGCAUAAGCAUAGUACGAUGAUUGGUGAUCGCCGAACUUUGAACGAGGUCCUUGGUACAGCAGAAUCUAUUCGUGGAAGCUUUAAAGUGCAAUAUGACACCAUGCAGAAACUUCAGCAAGGGGAGAUAACCGAAUUACCGUCCCAUGUGCGCUUGUAUUCGCAAACUGCGAAAGAGUUACUCCAGCAGCGUUUCGCUGGAUUCGGUAUCGGCAUGGAGACCGGGGCGUUCGACUUCAACGUUCCAGCAAAUGGCGUAUUGUUAAAUGACCUUUUUCCAGACAUUCACGUGAAGUCUGUGGAAGACAUCAUUACAGAAGGCUGGGCUGAAAAUGCCUAA